AUGGGACACAUAUGGUGGGGAUCUCCAAUGAGCCGACAAGUCGGCUUCUACGAGUAUGGUGUUAGUCCAUAUCAUCUCAAACCUCUCAAGGGUGUCAUCAACCCAGGUGCAACUCUCUUCCUCAAGCGUACAGGAAAACAAUUGCUCUACAUUGCUCCACCUGUCGCAUUCUUUUAUUCUAUUGCUGUCUGGGCUGACAACAAGUACGAAUACAACUGUCGCAAGGCAGGAAUCAAGGCCGCUGCUGAAGCCUCUGGUCAUUAA